AUGAAGAAUUACAUAGACGAAACUUUCCAAAAACAAGUGGCGCAGUUCGAAGCAACAGAAGUAUCCAAUGAUAUACCAGUAUCAACAUUAAUACAGCCGAUGGAAACAGAAAUUUUUGAAAACGUCGAACACCAAUCAUUAAUAAAUGUGGAACAUGAUGAUCAAAACAUUGAACACCAAUCAGAGGACGUGAUUGCAGAAUCUUCAACAAAGAACUCUAAAAAGAGUGUCACAAAAUUAAACGCCAAAGCCGCACCCUAUACCCUAAAAGGAAAAGGACACACUGUCACGUUUGCAGAAAUGGCCUCCAGGAAUUUAGAUGCAGGCAGCAACUGUGAUACCUCCCCAUCUCCACCCGGUAAUAGGUCAAAGAAUAAUGAGACCAAACGUAAGGCGUCAGAUAGCAAGGCUCAGUCGGCUAAGAAGAAACAACACGCUCCUAUUAAAGAAAUACAAUCAGUAAUGACCAGAUAUGAUCCAGUACUGAGGGACAAUGUUCGGGAAAUUACUUUAUACAAUAUCCCCUCCACCUGGGCUCAGCUCAAACUUCUCCAGCAUCUUGAGAAAUGGGGUCACGUGAUCGCUUUCAAGACUAAACGUCAGAAGAAAUUAGAGCUUUUCGCCGGAUUAUCCUAUGAAUAA